CAUGGCGGACUUUGGACAACUUUCUUCUGAUUGAUAGAAAGCCGUUGUUUGUAAAGAAAUCAAAACGGUCCGUUGGAGAAUGAUGGAGGCAUUUAUUAUCGACCCAGCUAGACUAAUAAGUGAUAUUGUGGGUUACAUAUCAGAAUUAAAGAAUAUCUACCAGUCAUCUCAACUACCUGUGACGGAUGAUGAUACAACUCUUCAUAAGUUUUGUGUCAAGCUUGAAACAGUUCUAAGACAUGAACAAAAGGAAAAGUACUCUAUGCUUGGAGUUAGAAAGGAUUACUGGAAUUUUAUUUGUGACUGCAUUCCUAAAGAUGAUGGGGUACGAUUCGCUCAAAAUAUUCCACAGGUCAAGACACCCCAAGGCAAAGGACGUGCUUUUAUUAGAUUCUCUCUGACAAAAAAGUCAUUGGCUGAUGCCAUUCAAAGAUGCCUGGUGAAGCAAAAACAACUAAGUGCAUACUUUGGCCCUGAAGCAAUUCUCUGUCACCCAUCUCUGUCAACUGCUCUGGUUAACAAACUGUAUGACUUGAAUGAUCUUGAGUUUGAUCUUCCGGUUGCGGGACAUGAGCUUGAUAUUUCAUGGCCAGCUUUCACAAGGAGACCCUUAGGGGAUCGAAUGAAAGGCCCGAUCCUCUUAUCGGUCUAGCAUCAGAGAUCACCGCAUUAACAACAAUUUUCGGGGAUGAAAAUUCUCUUGGAAAGGCAGAGCGUAGUGAAGCUGGUUUCGACAAUGUCAGCAUUGGCGAUUCAGCGAUUGAAACUCCCAACAUCACUGACAUGACGCUAGAAAUCUCUCACCUUCACCAACGCAUUCUCAAGUGGAAGGGUGAUGUGGAAUCUCAGUUGUCUAAAGCUUGUAGCGACGCAAAGAAGGCACACGACGAACGAAUAUUUGCGAACCAAGAGUACGAGCUUAAAAUCAAACAACUUAACGAAAGAUACACCAAUUUGACGAAAGGUGUGUCGGAAGAGAUGAACGCUAAAGUCAAAGAAUUGUGUGGGAAGUUAAAAACAGCCGAAAAGGCUCUCAGUGAAAGAGAAGCCGAAAUUGAGAAGCUUACAGAAGAAGUUAAGGUUUCUGUGAGUGCGUCCCACGAGGCACAAAGAUCUGCGAUAGAACUUGAAAGGAAAAUAACGGGUUCAGAGAGAAAACAUAGCGAACUUUCUUCCGAAUGCGAGCAAUUGAAAGAGCGAUUUAAACGGAAGGACGAGAGGGUUACUGAACUGGAAGCAAAGCUUUCGGAACUUAGAGAAAAGUGUACCAAACUUGAACUAACCGAAGCGGAAUCGAACAAGAAAAUCGCGGAACUACAUGGAGAAUUAAAAGCUAAAGAAGUUGUGUUGGAGAGGGUGCAUGAAUCGUAUGAAAAGCUGAACGGAAUGGUAUUUGGGUCCUUUGAAGAGCUAGAAUCCGAGCUGAAAAGUAGGUUAGUGGAUAGAGAGAGAGGAUUACAGAAUCAAAGUGCUCAGAAUAGAAGGCUGGAAACGAACAUUGUGGAGAUUCAACAACAAAAUAGAGACCUUAGUAAUAAACUUGAGGAAGCUAAUGCAAAAAUCGCCGACUUGGAAAACACCAGGAUUGAAAAUGACACCUUCAUUCGAGAUUUGAAAAAUCAACUUAACUUUGCACAACAGAACCAAGACACGUUUAUGUUAGAAUUAAAAGAUACUCUCCAUCCUGUGGAAGGUUUGGAUGUUCCGGACGGUAACCACGUGGUGAAGGAUUUCAGAAAAAUGAUUUUAAAGCAAGCCAAGCAUCUCGUGGCCGAAAUGUCUGUCCUCCAUCGUCAGCUGGACGAGAAAAGUACGCAGAAAGAAAAACUGGAGGAGCAUGUGGCUGAGCUACAGGAUAACAUUGAAAAGAAGAAGAAAGAAAUCAUUGAUUUGCACGAAGAAGUAGACACCUCUCGAAGGAGAAUCACGUUUAUUGAUGAAGAAAAAGACAUCCUUGAGAAGGAAAAAAUCAAGGCGGAUAACAGACUGGCAGAGCUCGAGGAGUCCCAGGAGACUCUGCAGUCAAAUAUCUCCUUCCUUUCCGAAGAAAAAUGCAAAGUCUUCGAUGAAUUGACACAACUGCAGGGAGUUCGAGAAGAAGAGGAAAAACUCAGAUCGGAGACGCAUGACGAACUCGCGUCCCUGCAAGCCCAGCUUGAAGAAACUGCGCAGUCCAAACAGAAGUUAGAAAACGAACUAGCAACUAUCACAGACUCUCUUCAAACUAUGGAUGUCGAGAAGAAAGAUCUGGAUGGCCAACUGAGAUCGCUGGAAGAGAAAAUGUCUUCUGUACACGACGAGAGAAUCGGCCUUGAGCACGAGUUAGAUGUUGCUAGGGAACAAUUGGAGGCAGCCAAUGAGGCGAGAAUUCGGGCCGAGCAGAGUCAGGUCAGGUCACAGGAGCAGCUGGAGAGCCUGCAGUGCAUGAUGGACCAGGAGAUCGCAGCGCUUAAAUUUCAACUUAGCUCGGAGACUAUGAAAUAUGAAACAGAGCUUAAGACUUUAUCGCAGCAAAUCCAGGAGUAUAACGGUGUGAAAGAACGUUUAUCAGAGCAGGACGAGAUGAUUACAGACUUGGAGACGCGCUUAAAAGAACGAAAUGAUAUUCUGCAACACGACAAGCAUAAAUACGUGACAGAAAUAAAACAUCUACGAAGUGAGGUGCAACAGUAUAAAAGUGGAUUUGAUGAAAAUAAGCUUAAAAUGCGUGCGUUGGAAAACGAGCUUCUUCUGGCUGCCAAACAGUUAGAGGAGGAACGCUCUAGACAUAGAGAACUGAAGAAGAAGGUGGAAGAAUACGAAGAAGAAAAAGGUGUACAUAAUCGUCAAUACGAACAAAAGAUUUCCCAGUUCCAAGAAGACAUGGAAGAGUUGAAGAACAGGCUGGUGGAAGUUACAAGAGAAAAAGCGGAGUUAUGGAAGAAAGCAGACGACAUGGAGCACGAGAUCAAGGUGAAAGCGGACGACAGAUGGAUGGACGACAGUGAAGCCUCUCAGUGCCUCAAUUGUAACGCUGAGUUUUCGUUUCUCCUAAGAAAGCAUCAUUGUAGAGUGUGUGGUCGAAUUUUUUGUCACAACUGCUCCAACAACUGGAUUCAAACACCGCACAGCAGAAAACUCCGUCGUGUUUGUGAAGAUUGUUCAAAAUCUGACAAACGGCUUAAUGCUCAACUGGUGGAAAAUCCUCCAGAUGUGGACGACGAUGCAACAUCAGACGUCAGUGACUUGCAGUCAAAUCGCAGGGAAAGCCUGUUGAGUGGCCAGGAUGACGAAGGAGGCCUGGGCACUGAUGACGACCCUCAGCCUGGCCCCAGUACCUCCGGUGUAGAUCUCCCGGAAGGUCCUCAGUACACCUCUACUCCAAAGAAAACUGACAGAAAAGGAAGCAGCGACAAAGAGCGUAGCCAAAGUGCUACAAGUGAUGAGCAUCAUAAAUACACCACCUUAAAAAAAGCCAAGAGGACCGCAGCUAAAGAAGAAGGCAAAAAAUAUGCGGAACAAAAACCCCAGCCUAGAAAUUCAUCGGAGGAAGACGAAGAAGAAGAAGAAUAUGAGUUUCUGGAAGAAGGAGACGAACAAGCCUUUGAACAGCCGCAAGCUCGAGUGGUUGUCUGUGAAAGUGACAUUAGAGAAGACUUAGCGAUACCGGCGUUGAACGAGGAGCCGGGACCGUUUUGGCACGUAACCGUAUCUCCCGGAAAACGUCAUUUGAUUCCGAUACUGGUUGGGACUCAGAGAGCGACGCUAUCAUGGAAGUUUUCGACCGAAAAAAAGAGCAUACGCUUUGGGGUUGCCUUCAAACUUUCGGAGACAAAGAAAGACAGCGAAUGCGAGACCGUAGUGCCUUUAUCGCAGUGUAACUCCCAUUGCAAGUCCGUCAAGGGUGAAGUAACAGACGUGUCACCUGGAGUGUAUAUCCUUGUGUUUGAUAACACCCUCUCCAGAUUUACGUCCAAGCGUUUAUUUUGCAUGGUGCAAGUCGAACGAAAUGACGAUGAACACGACUCUCUCACGUAGAAAAAAGAAACUGAUAUAGUGUAUAAUUAUAUUAGUGAGAAUGUUUUAUAUUCUUAGAUUUUUUUAAUAGAACUUUUCAAAAUAAAAAAAAUUAGCGUCAUUUCUUCUAACUAGUGAUCGAAAAGUUGGUAGUUUUAGAAAAUGGAUUUUAGGAAAUCUCUGAAAGAGUAAAUUUUAUGAACGACCAGUUUUUACUACUUAUGAUAGCUAAAAGGUUUUAUGCUAUAUUUUAAAUCCUUCUUAAGUUAAACCCUGAAAAAAAGAUUCUUCAAUGUAUUGAAGCAGUGAUUAUAGUAAUAAUAAUGAUAAUUUAAUUUAUAUGGGGUUAAUGUAAUAGAUUAAGAGAGAUAUGCAAAAGCGCUUUAAGUUAAGUACUGCAAACCACUGAACUUAAAACUUUCCAAAAAAAUUAUUGUUUUAAGAUGUUUUUGUUUUGUUUUGUUUUGUUUUUUUGAAAUGGCGAGGCUAUUACAGGUUCUAAUCGCUGAUGGCAGCGGGUUCCAAAAGAAAGGAGCAGUGUGAACAAAGGCGCAAUCACAUCCAAUACGCCGGGGGGGGGGGGGGUGUUUUACAUUGUCGAUGUUACUUGAGUAGUACUUAAGACUCGAAAAGCUUGAUCUUCUUUGAAAAAAAGGCGCAGACGUUUUGAUUUUCCUGAAUAUUUACGGGUUACCAGAGGCAGCGAAGAGUAAAUCUAUUUGGUGCCCAAACGAAGCUAUUUUGUACACGGAAUUCCUUGGCAUGGCUUGAUAACUGGUGGUUCCUAAUACUAACUAUCUCGAUUUUGAAUUGAGCACGUAGGCUUAGAGCCAUGUUGAAUCUGUUCACGUUUAUAAACACACUUGAAUUGUUUCUAUCCAUACGCGCAUUUGUUCAAACUAGUUGAAGAUCUUCCUUAAACACUAUGGCUUAGUUCAGAUGAUGAUCUAAAUGUAGACCAAUACAUUUUACCGUAUCUUGACGGUAGUCUCUAUUUUUGCCUUAACAUGAAAGAACAACCCUCUCGAUUUUGGACGACGUGAAUCUGGCUUACACAAAGUUCAAUGUCUGAACUGGGCCAAGUCCUUUUUUUUUCAGCUAUCAGUUGAACUUAACUAAACUGAGUGGCAAAAACUUAGCACGCUCUACGUUUUUUUUUUUUUUUUAUAUAACUUUCAUUUAUUUCUUCCUCUUCCCCAUAUCAGUGGCGCCUGGUGAUUUAAAUUAACUAGUCUCUAAUUUAUUGCAACAUUGUUUUGGGUGAAAGGGUGGACUUUCAAGUAACAAAUUUUUUUAACCACCUACUAAAGGGGGGAGGGGAGUGUGCCAACUACUUUUGCCACUCAGCGCAGAUUCACUCCUCAUUUCAUUUCGUUUCCACUGAUUUCUGACUUAUGUUACCGGAGUGAUGAAACUUGUUUUAGUUCUCGUCUUGUUCUGUCUUAGUAUGCUCUUGUUUGAUAUUGAAGGUAGUUAGUUAAAUUAUUCAACCAAGAAAACCAGUGGAACUAAUGGUCUUUUUUGUUCCCAGUUCUUGGUUUUCACGUGACGUCAUCAACAUUGAAAAUAAGGAAUUAUCAAUCCUUUUGAGAUUUUAGUUAAUAAUUGGUCCCUCGAGGGACACCAACACGGCAUCUUUAUACAAAGCCUUAUACAUUUGAGGGAAACAUUUCUUCCAAUAUCUUCCGCACAAAACAUUGCACAUACCUGAAUCUUUGCGAGACUGUUUGAAUAUUCAUUUAUUUAACUCUUUGAUUCUUGACUUGAUUUGUUUAAUGGUUUUGAUUAUGGUGUGAUAGUGAAAUCCGGCAAUAAGGUGUCUCUACUAGAGGAAAAUAUUUGUACUGCAGUGUUGUCUUAUCUUCAAGAGGAUUUUUUGAAGUAAAAGACUAUUUGUUAUGAAUUAUA